AGCUGGGGUAAAGCUGAGUCCUCCAACCGCAAAAGAACCAGGAGGCGGGAUCACUGUAUAUACAAUCAACGCGAUUGGUCCGCUUGAUUUCACGGGCUGAUUUGCUGCACGUUGAUUGGACAAUCGAUCCUGCGACAGAAGGCGAUGUUAAUAAUGUCAUUCUGUGGCCUGGCAUUAAAUAAAACGAUGCUCAUUUAGAUAGAUGUGAGAGAGAGAGCUGGAGAUUAAAAGCGAGGGGUUUCUGAUUGCACGGAAUUUUUACUUUACAGGCAGAAACGUAGCAAACCUUAACUGGAAGAAAAAUGUCGGAUGUUUAAUUUCGCCUGUGGAUUCCCUAAUUUGAUCAUGCAGAAUUGACUGGGAAAUAGAAGCUGAAAAAGAUCAUUUUUCUGGACCGCCUCUAUAUCAGGAACCAGCCAGCUGGAUAGUUCUAACACAGUCGAUUUAUUUUAGAAUAUUUAUCCGGUAUUAUUGUGUUAUAUCACUGCUGUAACGGUGCUCAUCGGUUUGCAGGAGAAGCGAUAAUAAGUGAAGUGGUUGCUGGGUUUCCUCUCUCUGACAGUGUGAGGAAGUCAACAAUCGGAGGAUGGACAAUGCCCAUACCAAGACGGUCGAGGAGGUGUUGGGGUUCUUUGGAGUGAACGAAUCCACAGGUUUGAGCAGUGAGCAGCUGAGGAAGAAUCGCGAGCGAUGGGGUCCCAACGAAUUACCAGCAGAAGAAGGGAAGUCUCUGUGGGAACUGGUGCUGGAGCAAUUCGAGGAUCUGCUUGUGCGGAUUCUACUGCUCGCGGCCUGCAUUUCCUUCACCCUGGCCUGGUUUGAAGAAGGGGAGGGCACCAUCACUGCGUUUGUAGAGCCUUUUGUAAUCCUCCUUAUCCUUAUCGCCAAUGCCAUAGUGGGCGUGUGGCAGGAGCGCAAUGCAGAAAACGCCAUUGAAGCACUGAAAGAAUACGAGCCAGAAAUGGGGAAGGUGUACAGACAGGACAAGAAGAGUGUACAGAGAGUUCGAGCCAGAGAUAUUGUGCCUGGUGACAUUGUAGAAGUGGCAGUGGGUGAUAAGGUUCCAGCGGACAUCAGACUGACCUCCAUUCGUUCCACCACUCUGAGAGUGGACCAGUCCAUUUUGACAGGGGAGUCGGUUUCAGUGCUCAAACACACAGAUCCUGUCCCUGAUCCACGCGCCGUAAACCAGGACAAGAAGAACAUGCUUUUUUCUGGCACGAACAUUGCAGCCGGGAGAGCAAUCGGAGUCGUGGUGGCGACCGGAGUCCAGACAGAAAUCGGUAAAAUCAGGGACGAGAUGGCAGCCACAGACCCAGAAAGGACUCCUUUACAGCAAAAACUAGACCAGUUCGGGGAGCAACUCUCAAAGGUGAUCACAGUGAUCUGUGUGGCAGUAUGGGGCAUUAACAUCGGACACUUCAGCGAUCCUGUACAUGGUGGCAGCUGGCUCAGAGGAGCUGUGUAUUAUUUCAAGAUUGCCGUGGCUUUGGCUGUAGCUGCAAUCCCAGAGGGUCUUCCUGCUGUCAUCACCACCUGCUUGGCUUUGGGCACACGUCGGAUGGCGAGGAAGAACGCCAUCGUACGCUCACUGCCAUCCGUGGAGACUCUGGGCUGCACAUCGGUCAUCUGCUCUGACAAAACUGGCACUCUCACCACUAAUCAGAUGUCCGUCUGCAGGAUGUUUGUCGUGGAGAAGGUCACAGACGAGAGGUGUGUUCUGAAUGAGUUUACAGUGACUGGAUCUACUUAUGCACCCGAAGGAGAAGUAUAUAGGGAUGGUGCAGUGGUGCCCUGUAGUCAGUAUGAUGCCCUGGUGGAACUGGCUACUAUCUGUGCCCUGUGUAAUGAUUCUUCCCUGGACUACAAUGAGAGCAAAGGUGUGUAUGAAAAGGUGGGGGAAGCUACAGAGACCGCUCUGUGCUGUCUAGUGGAGAAGAUGAAUGUUUUCGACACAGAUCUGAGGAGUCUCACCCCUGUAGAGAGGGCUACUGCAUGCUGUUCGGUGAUCAAGCAGUUAAUGAGGAAAGAGCUGACACUGGAGUUUUCUCGAGAUAGGAAGUCCAUGUCUGUCUUCUGCUCGCCUAACAAACUGGCUCGCUCUGCCACAGGAGCCAAGAUGUUUGUUAAGGGGGCACCAGAGAGCGUUCUGGAGCGUUGUCGUUGGAUUCGGGUUGGUGGUGGAGCACGGGUGCCCUUGACCUCUGACCUUAGAGAACAGCUCUUGGGCACAGUAAGAGAGUGGGGUUCAGGUCGUGACACCCUGCGCUGCCUUGCCAUGGCAACUAGAGACUCCCCACCUGACCCACGAACCCUGAACCUGGAAAACUCUUCUGCCUUCUCUGAGUAUGAGUCGGAGCUGACGUUUGUGGGCUGUGUGGGGAUGUUGGAUCCUCCAAGAAAGGAGGUGCUGAACGCCGUGCGCAUGUGCAGGCAGGCUGGUAUACGUGUCAUUAUGAUUACUGGUGACAAUAAAGGCACGGCACUGUCGAUCUGCAGACGUGUUGGGAUCAUCACAGAGCAGGAGGAAGAGGAGGCAGAGGGUGCGCCAUUUGGUGGAGGCCUGACCGGGCGAGAAUUUGACGAGCUGCCACCCCACCUGCAGCGCCAAGCCUGCCACACAGCCCGCUGCUUCGCCCGGGUUGAACCCACCCACAAAAGCCGCAUUGUAGAGUACCUCCAGAGCCUCAGCGAUAUUACAGCUAUGACUGGUGAUGGAGUGAACGAUGCUCCAGCUCUGAAGAAGGCUGAGAUCGGGAUAGCAAUGGGCUCAGGGACGGCGGUGGCUAAAUCAGCCUCUGAGAUGAUCCUAGCUGAUGAUAACUUCUCCACCAUAGUGGCUGCAGUAGAGGAGGGUCGUGCCAUCUAUAACAACAUGAAGCAGUUUAUCCGCUACCUCAUUUCCUCUAACAUUGGAGAGGUGGUGUGUAUUUUUCUGACUGCUGCUCUGGGCAUGCCCGAGGCUCUCAUCCCGGUUCAGUUGCUAUGGGUGAAUCUGGUGACGGACGGCUUCCCUGCCACUGCGCUCGGCUUCAAUCCCCCCGACCUGGAUAUUAUGUCACGACCACCUCGCUCUCCCAAAGAGCCCCUUAUCUCUGGCUGGCUUUUCUGCAGAUACCUCAUCAUUGGCUGUUAUGUGGGAGUAGCUACAGUGGGUGCUGCGGCUUGGUGGUUCAUGGCAGCACAUGAUGGACCGAAACUCUCUUUCUAUCAACUGUCUCACUAUCUGCAGUGCAGUGAGGGACAUGCGGACUUUGCAGGAGUUCAGUGCUCUGUAUUUGAGUCACCAUAUCCAAUGACUAUGGCUCUGUCAGUGCUGGUCACCAUAGAGAUGUGCAAUGCCCUUAACAGUUUGUCUGAAAACCAGUCUCUCCUGAAGAUGCCUCCCUGGUCAAACCCCUGGCUUGUGGGUGCUAUCUGCCUCUCCAUGGCCCUACAUUUCCUCAUCCUCUAUGUGGAUCCACUGCCUAUGAUUUUUCAGAUCCGCCCUCUGUCCUGGCCACAGUGGGUUACUGUUCUGAAGAUGUCCCUGCCGGUUAUCCUGAUGGAUGAAGCACUAAAAUUCUUGGCUAGGAACUACAUUGAACCAGGCAGUGACCUCGAGCAAGAAGAAGAGGAGAGACAGCACCAUGGCCAAGGUGCCAGCGGAGGAUUUGCAAGCCUGGUUGGCAAAAUACAACGAGGUCUGAAGGGUGUCUCCUGGGCAUUUGUGUUAAUCUCUGCUCCCCUUUUGUUUUGGAUCUACAGCCUGGACUCAGAUAUUACAAACAUCUUCUGGGAAUAGUUAGCAAGGAGAAUGUAAGAGAGGAACUGGGCGUUAAAAAUAAGGAUUUUUACAGGGGGAGUGGGCGGAUAGGUCAAAUAAGGUGGGUGGGGGGCGCUGUUAGGAACAGAACCACCAAAAAAGGAAUUAAAACGAAUAUAUACGCAAAAAAGUAUGGGACGAAGACUUUUUGAGCAUGGACAAUCAGAAUUAGUAGGAAGAUGUGGACAAAAACAAGGAAGGAAGGCAUUUGUCAUAUUCAGUCCAGCCUCAUUUUGUGUGAUUUUCCUUGCGGUUGGUUUCCUUUUCCUUGUACUUCAUUUCUAAUCAUUUGAUAGCAUUCGAAAUAUAGUUGUACAUUAUUUCAAGUUUAGCAAAAUUAUUUUCAAGUCAUUCAUUUAAAUUAUUUGUUAUUUCAACAAGUCCUGCAUACAGUAGGAACCAAACAAUACACUCUUCGUAGGCAAUACAGAACAUUCACAUCCACGAAAGAUUCAAAGGUGAAGAUUAAAUGUUAAAAGGUACUGUAUGUUUCUUAUAGUUUUUCAUUGUUCUUUUUACGCACAUGUUUAGAAUAUUUAUAAACAGUCACCUCCAUGGUAUGGGAUUUUUUUUUAUUGUCUAUAAGGAUAAGGGGAAAAA